UGCACCACCACCACCACCGCCCAAGGGGGGAGAGAAACAGCUAGAAAGAACGCCGAAGAGAGAAAGUGCAGUUGCAAACCCGCAGAGAAAAAGAGAGAGAGAGAGAAAGAGAGAGCGAUUGAUCGCAGGAUAACGUCAUCUCUUGGUACAAAUAGAUCGUCAGGUGCACGCCGUUGGCUCAUUCACGCCCCAAACUUUGAAAAAGCGACACCGUUGCAUACAACACCCAACCGUUCAUUCGUCCGGUAGUGCAUCAUCCAGAGGCAGCCAGCCCAGCCCUACGCCAUACGCCCACGUCCGAACCGCAGCUGUUGCAGCGGACACCGAUUUCGCACCGAUCCAGGCCCUAUAAUUCAGUCACAACGUAUUCGCUAGGAGUCCUACGCCUGCUUGGUCUGAGCUGUUGUGAUUUGGAUAGCGAAAAUGUGCAGAGAUCGCGAUAUGAGUUUGUCAUAGAUCAGCGCAACCGUCGUUACAAGGUCAAGAAAAAAAUCAAACUCAAGAGCGAAUAAAUAUCGGAUUUGUUGGCGUGGAAGCGCGAAGAAGAGACUCUGACAGACAGACAUACAGGCAGAGAGAGAUACAGAGAGACAGAUAGUCUUGGACCAACAAAAACAACAACAGCUUGAAAGGCAAAAGCAACAAUACCAAAGUUAACAGUAAUCCUGGUUGGAGAGGAUACCCGGGAUACAACACAAAGCGGACAAUUGAUAAUAACACGGCACGGCACGAAAGCUUGCCGCUUGUUCGCGCAUUCAUUCUUUGGGAUCAUCGGCAAUGUGACUAUCUACCGGCACGACAUUACGGUUCCCUAACAAUACGGUUAACCGAUUCGUGGAAAUCUCUCCCUGCACCCCUGCAUGUGCCAGAGCCAACAGGUGUCAGGUCAGGCGUGACAAGUGAUUUUGUGCGUGCACCGAUUUCCCGGUAACUCUAUUCAUCGCUCUUGGGUUACUCCUCCCACUCCUCCUUGGCACACUCUCCCACGAUCUAAAAGGAAACGUCGUGCAACUGGCGAACGUACGGGGAAAAACCAGCAAGAUUGAAGACUUUGCGAGAAAUCUUUGGAAGUCCGUUAAGGCUUGCAUUUGCGGCAUGCGCCAUCCCACAACUGGGCUGAACGAAGACGACCUGAGUCGUCUCACCGGUUCAUCAUCGUCGACUGCCUCGUGCGGCAGUGCAGCCUCAGCCUCAUCUUCAUCAUCGUCAGCAUCCUCGUCAUCGUCCGCAUCCACAGCGGCCCCCACACAGUGCCAUGAGCCAGCAGCCGUCGUCCGUCAACAUCAGCAGAGUCCGGAAAGGACCAAGGCGGAUGCCAAGAACCAUCUGAACAGCGUCGACCCACAGCCAAAGUUCAGCUCCACAUAUCUACCGGAGAUCAUCAAUCCUCUGGAAUGGCAAAAGUCAUCGCGCAAGCGCAAGGAGCGUCUCGACAGCAGCUCCGUCUUUGGACAGGACCGCAAGCUGCAACGCAGCAACAGCGAGGAGCUGCUCACGGAUCCAGCUCAGGGCCACGCACCACAAGACCCCAAGACAGCGGCCGCCCACCUGCUGGAGGCCCAAUGCGAGGUCAUUCGGCGUGUCUCCUCAGAGGACUUUGAGCGUACCGCCAGCUACGCCAACUACUGUCUGGAGUUUGAACGCGAACAGCAGUCCCAGUCCCAGUCCCAGUCCCAGAACCAGGAGUCGGAGGGCGGCGAGAACAACUCCUCGCUGGCCAAUCUCUCAAGUGAGGUGCAGGGCUCCAAGGAGCGCCCACGCUCAGAGACCAGUCCGGCCCGCCAGCAGCGGGAGGCCAGCGAUGACAGUGAGUGCGAGCACGAGCGCCGAAGGAGCAGCGAGCGCUUCUGUAAGUCCCGCUUGCCACCCGGCCGCAAGUCCGGCAUCACCAAGAAGGGCAGCGGCAGCGGAGGAGUCGGUGGCAAGUACCUGCCCUCCAGGCGGGACGAACAGAGCGCCUAUAAGUACGACCUGUCCGCUCUGAAGUACGAGCGUCGCGGCUUCAUCAGCAGCAGGAAGCAGCAACAGCAACAGCAGCAGCUGUCCAACUCGUCUUCCUCCGCUUCCGAUCACAACGACAACAACCUGAUCGACUUCCACCAGCAACAACUGCUACAGCAGCAACAAAACCAGCAGCAGCAGCAGCCAAAAAGGAGCUCCAGCAUCUCACCCACACCCACAACGAGCUCCUCGGCGGGCAGCGACGACUCAACGCCCACACCCGUCAAGGCCAAGCCGCCGCAACGCCAACAGCAACAGAACCCGGACCUCACCUCGGCCCAGGAAUCGCUGCCGUGGGAGCGCGGGGAUGAGCCCGCCCCCGUGCUGAGCCGACGCUACGCCCACUCCCGGCCCCACGUCGGAGGCAACAUCGAUGCGGCCGCCCAGCUGGCCAAGGUGAUGCCCUAUCCGCAGGCGCUGCCCAAGCAAGCGACCAGCGUGCAGCUGCAUGGCUGCGAGGACAUGGACUGCCUGGAGCCGAUGGACGCUGUACGCGCCUUCAGUUCGCUGGAGAAUAUGCGCACCCGGGAUGUGAUGCAGCAGGUGCUGCCCGCCAUGAUGGUGGCUUUCCAGACGCCCGAGGAGCGCCUCAAGGCCAUCGGCCGACGGGUGACCGUGCUCAAGAAGAAGCUCGUCCAGCUGGAGGACGCACUGGAGCAGCGGCUCGGCUACCGGCCCUCGCAGGCGGAGCGCCUCAACGACAAGUAUAUGAAGAACGCCCUGGCCGAGCUGAGCAAGCUGCGAAAGGAGCGGCAUGAGCUCAAGACUGAUCCCAUCGCUGCCCUCGGCCUCAAGCUAGGCGGCGGUAGCGGCGGCGGUGCUGGUGGCUCCGGGUGCCAGGAGGUGGCCAAGAAGCUGGAGCGCAUGAAGGCCACCCUCGCUGAAAUCGAGCAGAAUCUAAACGAGAAGCGCACAAAUAGCCAACGGUCGCAGCAGCUGGAGGAACUGACCGCCGAUCAACUGGUGCAGGAGAAGACAGCCGUCCAGCAUGGUCUGCUGUAUUUUGAGAAUCUCUACGGCCAUCCGAUCACCAAGGAGGAGCGAGAUGCAGCCCGACCCCUGUACGAUCGCUACCGUCAGCUGAAGCGUCUGGUUGCCCGCACUGUAAUGUUUGGAACUGGGAGUGGGGUGCCAGAGCUGCCCACGAUCCUGGAGCACGAGGCUAUGGUCUUCGAGGCAACCUCAACACCGCUGCAGUAUUCAUCCAACAACAGCACCGCGACCACCAACUCUCCCAGCGACUCAAUGGCGCCAAAUACCAUCACACAGAAUGCUUCCUCCGAUGAGUCGACCACCACCACAACUGGUCCGGCGGCUGCCGGAUCGAUGGAGUCUUCCGCGGCGGAGAGAGCGGCCAGCGAGAACAUCUCCGCACUGAGUCUGGACCAGCUGUGGGAGCAGCUGGAGCGGGUGCGCGACGAGAAGGCCGUGCUGAAGGCCACCAUACGCGAGUACGAGUCACUGUUCGAGGAGCAGAACGGCCGCAAGAUGCUGAAGCAGGAUCGAAGGUCCCUCGAGACAGAGACCUAUGCCCAGUACAAGGAGAAGAAGGCCAAGGUGCGGCUACUGCAGGCCCUGAUCAAGAAACACAUUGGCCACUAGCCGGAGCCUCAAUCGAUCCACAUCUAUUCACCUGCAUGCGAUACUUAUUUAUUUCAUACCCACAAAACAAACAAAAACAAAACCAAAUGCAAA